CUUUCACUGGACUUUCACUACUACUUCUCAACCUCCAACCAUCCAAUUCCCACCCAUCUACACCUAUAUCCAAAAUGACACCCCCCACCCAAUCCCUCCGCCUCGGCACCCGCAACUCCAAACUCGCACUCGUCCAAGCCGAGCACAUCUCCAAAGAACUAACCAAAGCGCACCCAGGCAUCCAAUUCCCCUGGAAAACCGUCGUAGUACGCGGCGACGCCGACAAAACCAGCCCGUUCCUGAAAUUCGCAGGUCCCUCGGACGCAGCCAAGAACAUCUGGACCGAGGAGAUGGAAGCGAAGCUCUGCGGCGGGGAACUGGACGUCCUCGUACAUUGCCUGAAGGACAUGCCAACACGACUACCCGAUACCUGCAGUCUAGGGGCCAUCGUGCAUCGGGAAGAUCCCACGGAUGCGUUGGUGAUGAAGGAGGGGCUGCGAUCGCAGUAUACGGAUCUGGCGGAGUUGCCGCGUGGGUCGGUGGUGGGGACGAGUUCUACGCGGAGAAAGGCACUGUUGCGGUUUCGGUAUCCGCAUUUGAGGGUUGAGGAGUGUAGAGGGAAUCUUGAUACUCGUCUUCGCAAACUAGACGACCCGGAAGGUCCCUUCUCGGCGAUUAUUCUCGCUACGGCGGGUAUGGUUCGGAUUAAUCUGCAUGAUCGGAUCACGAAACGUCUGCCGCCGGCGGAGUUCCCGUAUGCGGUUGGGCAGGGGGCCCUGGGGAUUGAGAUUCGGAAAGAUGACACGCGGACUGAGUCGAUGGUUCGUAGAAUCGAGGAUUUGCCUACCCGACGGAUUUGUUUGGCGGAGCGCUCCUUGCUGCGUACGCUGCAGGGUGGGUGCUCGUCGCCAGUCGCGGUGCAUUGUACUGUUGUGCAAUCGUCGUCUUCUUCGGCAGUGCAGUUGCGUCUCGAUGGCACGAUCAUUCAUCCCCAUGGGACUGCUCUGCUAUGUGAAUCUGCGACGUCAGAGUUCGGGACGGAUGAGGAGGCCGAGGCGUUGGGUGCGAUGGUCGCGCAGCGGUUGUUGGAUAAUGGUGGACGGGCUUUGUUGGAGGAGAUUCGGCUGUUGCAGGAGGAGCAGAGGAAGUAGAUGGUGGAUGGAGAUUGUGUAUUGUAGAUAUAAUCCCCACUCUGUAACAUGACAGAAUUUCCCAACUAGACCAAAAGAGAUACCUCUCAGGUUAGUGGAACAAUUCCAAGGUGAAAUAGUUCC